AUGGUCCAACGGGCAUCAAGAAGCGGUCUCGGCCAGGGGGAGACGAAUCCACCAGUAUGCACGAUCGACCAUUCUUCGCUGUGGGUGGAUCCCAGCGAUCAAGAUGAGAUUGACAAGCCGCGCGGUGACUGGUUCAAGGGAUGGCGGCUAAGUGGUGGGCUGGGGGUCAACUUGAAACACGAGUCGCUCGCCACAGAUGCACUUCAAACCACCGGCGAAACAGAAGACCCCUCAGGGUUAAAAAGAGGAAGUGGUGUCCGACAUGGCCGUCGCACCUUGGAGAAAUGUCUCUGGGUCCAUUUUUAA